UAUUUGUAAGAAAUUGUGGGGGAAUAAGAUAAAAUAAAAUAAUCAUGUAAGUAAGAAUUUCAGUCGAAGUGAAUCCAUCAAAUAUAAUAAACGGAGAUUCCGAUCUGAAAAGACCGGCGAAGAAAGUAUAAAAUCCCGGGAAAAAACCCCCAAUCAUCACUCACCUCCGGCAAAAUCAAUCAUGGAAAGCAAGAAGAAGAACGAAAACAAGAGGAAGAAGAAGGAGGGGAGUGGAAGAGAGUAUUACGAUAUAACAAUGAACAUAAUAUAUGCGAUAGUUUCAGAACCCUAUUUUCUCUUCCACUUCCUCACUUUGUUUUCUUACUUCUCCAUCCGUCUCUCCACUCUUCAUUUAUUCUCCUCCGCUUCUACUCAUCUUUUCCACCGUGAACUUCAAGCUGCUAUUGCUUUUCUUACCUUAGCUGCUGUUAAGAUGGUGAAAGAAGAAACUUGGGACGGUUUUGUUGCAGAUAUGCUGUUAUUUGCUAAGGUUUUUCUUAUUGGAAUUGCUUUAGUCGUGGAUUAUCACCUUGCCCUCUGGUUCACGUUGACCUUCUUGGUUAUCUAUCUCUUUACACAACAACCUGCCUACAUGGGACUAGGUUCUGCAACACAAUUGACACCUCUGCAGUUGGAAGCUUUGUUGACUGAAGGUGGCACAUCAAGAUUUUGGCUGGUGGAGUUCCGGUCUUCAUUUUCAUCUACCUGCAUACGUACCAGCCGAGUUCUCCCUGAACUCUCCAUUACAUUCUCGAACAAAAAUCUAUCUUUUGGAGUAGUUGAUCUUGGUCUUUUCCCAAAUACAGCUUCAAAAUUUGGAAUCUCUCUUGGAAUACCUGAUCAACUCCCAACUUAUAUCUUAUUUGAGCAUAACGAGGAGGUUUCCCGCUUUCCUGAGAUGCAUUCCGUAGCCAAAGCUUCUGAUAUAACCAAGAAACGUCUUUGCCAUCACUUUGAACUUGACAAACACUUGCUUGAUUAUGUUAGUUGCAAAUAGUUGUAUAUGUAUGAUUUGAUUCUCUUGGCCAAGUUAUAGCUCCAUCAAUCAAUUAACUUUGGAUUUACUUACAUAUACAAUUUCAAAAGUUAUUAAUUGAAAUCCAAUUUUGAUGUUA